UGACUUAAAAAUAAAAAUGGAAGAGGAAGAAAUUAUGCCUCAGAACUCAAGACUGAUGUUGGUCUAGACAACAGAUUCUUUUUAAAAAUUCCUCCAGACAAGCAUAUUUAACCACUAUAUAAAUAAAUUCUCCUGAAUAACAUGUUUUCACGAAAUCCAAAAUAAAAAUUAGCAGUAAUAAUAGCACUUUAUGUUAGUACCUGGCAUUAUCAAAAUAACCAAAAUGACUUCCAUGGAAAAACGUCUUCAAAAGGAGCUCCAGGCUAUGACAAAGGAUCCCCCAGCUGGUGUUAGUGUCAAUACAAACAGUUUGAGUUCAAAUCUUUCAGAGUGGGUUGUUGACAUAGAAGGAGCUCCAGGAACAUUAUAUGAAUCUGAAAGAUUUCAGCUAGGCUUCAAAUUCACUCCCAGAUAUCCAUUUGAUUCCCCUCAGGUGAUGUUUCUUGGCCCUAACAUUCCAGUCCAUCCACAUAUUUACAGCAAUGGUCAUAUAUGUUUGUCAAUUUUAACUGAAGAUUGGUCUCCUGCUCUCUCUGUACAGUCUGUGUGUCUUAGCAUUGUCAGUAUGCUUUCCAGUUGUAAAGAAAAGAAAUUACCUCCUGAUAAUGCCAUAUAUGUGAGAACCUGCAGCAAAGACCCUAAAAAGACACGCUGGUGGUACCAUGAUAACUCAGUAUGAUGUAAAAAGAAAAUAGCAACUUAUAAAUAGUGUAAAACAGUUUCAUUCUUUACCCUAUAGACUUUCAUUAUUGACAUUUUGCCCAGUAUUUGGCAAAAAAGUUAUGAGCAGAGUGCUGAUGCCAUAUAAUCUUAACUAUGACAUUGGAACAUUCUUUGCAAGAUAUACUGUGAAUCAAUUAAUAACUAUUCUUAACAGUUGUCAAGCAGUCUGUGAUUAUGUUAAAAAACAUAUUUUCCACUGUGUUUGUUUUUAUUAUUAUUAAAAUAGUGUUUGUACUUUUCAAAAACAUUGAAAAUUUCUAUUUGGCCUAAAAAAAAUGUAACAAAUCUAGAUUAAGCUAUACUUGAGUAGUUAUAGUAAACAAGGCUAAAAUUCAUCACAGAAUAUUACUAAAAGCAGCUCUGCUUCUAACUGCCAAUUCUACCAAAGGCUCUGGAUUCAUACUUUUCAGAUACAUCAAUUCCAUAUCAUCUAUUUGAAGCAUAUGAUAAUUUUUAGUACCAUUCUUCAAACAAACUGUUUUAAUUAAAAAAUUAUCCUACAUGUUUUUCAUCAUUAAUUUAAUAGUUAUUAAAUUGUUUCAUGAAGCAAGUUUGUUCUGAAUAUGUUUCUAACAAUAAAAGAUCAUGUACAUACUUAUUCAGUAAACUAAAUGUAAGUUUUCAGUGCAGAAUUAGACCAUAAGUAAAUUUUUUUUUGGUGUAAAUUUGGUACAGUACAUAUGAGACAAAAUACAGAUCACUUCUGGACCUAAUAAAAUAAAAUAACUUUGCAAAGAACAGUUACUCCAUCUUAAUAAUGUUUCUAAAAAUUUUCUUUUGGUUUUAAAAAUCAAUUAGAAAUUGUUUCAACAUUUCGUUUUAGUUUAAUGUUCUUGUAAAUUUUUUUAGUUUUCCUUAGUUGUUAUAAAAAUAGGAAAGGAUGCUUCACAUACUAAACAGUAUUUUACUAUUUGUUAAUUAAGAAAGUUUCAACCUAUAAAUACACUAAUAGGUGUGUUUAUCUAGUGUAAUAAAUUGAAGCUGAUUCUUCUUCUAUUUAAAAAAAAAAAGGAUUAAAUUUAACAAAAGAAGUAAAAAAUUACUUUUUUCAAACAGUAACAGUGAAAUUAAAUUUUUGCCUAUUCUUGCAUUUUUGUCUUUAAAGUCUAUAUAAAUUAUUACAUUAUUUAUGGUGGCUAGUUUUAUAUCAAUACUUGUAUUUAUUUUUUAACUUUUUAAUUGUUAUUUUAUAAUUCUAUUUUAAUUAAUGGAAAUAUUAAAUUUAAGUAUUGAUUUGUAUACAUAAUAAUACUGUAAAUAUAUUACUAAAUGAAAACAGGUUUAAAAAUGGAAUGUGGAUAGAACUUAAUAAAUUGUUAUAAUUUAUUUGCAAAAAUGUGUAUAAAGUAAUGGUUAAAUUUAUUUUAUAUAGGCUUACUUGUUAAGUGUUAAAUUUAUAUUCUGUUGGUAAAAGCUGUUUUCUAAUAAAGCUUUUUAUUGUUUUAUUAAUUUCAGCAUCAUUUUUGAUUCAUUCAAUGAAAAUAUAGUAAUCGAAUUGUAGUUGUAUUACCUUACUUUUUCUAAAAAAUUAAAUUUAUAUUUUGUUGUUGAAAGUGCCCUAUGUGAAAGAAAAAAGUAUCCUCUGUUUCCUCAGAAUAUCACAAUGUUUAAUUGUAAUUUAAUAUGUAUACAUUUAGACACAAACAUCUUUUCACCUUAAUACUACUUGGUUUAUGGACAGUUAUUUUUGUAAAAUUAAUUUUAACCUGCCACUCUCUUAAUAAAAUUUCUGAAAAAAUUUUUUUUCAUUCAAACACCUAUAACCUAUAUGUAAAUAUCAUUUUUUUUUUUAACACUUAUUAACACAGGGUGGCCCAGCUUACUGGAUAGAGUUAACUGUAAGUGGUCAGAAAUUUUUGGUGUAAUUCAUUUAUAUAAAUGACCUUAGUCUAUGUGUAGUUUUCUAAAUCUUAAACUUUCACUAUUGGUUAUUAUGAUUUGCCUUGUGUGUUGUUGUUGAUGUAUUGUCCACUACACCUGAAGAAUUGUAAUUGUUAAUCCAAGCAACACCAGGUGGGACAACUGGUACUGUACCUUGGGUCCUGCCAAGAACCCAGAAACAACAUGAAAGGUCAUAGGGCAUUUGUUAUGUAAUAUUUCAUACAUUAUUUUUAAAAUAUUAGAACUAUAACUUAUAAAAUGAAUUAUUAUAGGCACACACAAAAUGUGUGUAUAAACACACUCACAUAUAUAUACUUAGAUAUACAUGCAAUCGAGGUAGUAUAGUUGCACUUCUUGUUUUAUGCUCAUUACUGUUCAAAUUUGUUUUUAACCUAGUUUCUCUUUAGUUAAGGCAAUAUUAUUACAAAAAAAAGUAACAUUUGUGUUGGAAGUUUUGUUACUACCUACAGAAAAAUCUCUGUGUACUAAUUUUUUUCAGUCAUUUACAUUUGAUUAAAUUUGUGCCAAACUAAUUUUUUUAAUAAGCAUAAUUGUAAAAUUAGGCACACAUUACAACAUAAUGCUUUAUUUGAGGUAGGAACAAUGCUAAGGAAGAAUUAUUUCGAUAAGUUUUAUUUCGAAAUAGGUAAUAAUAGUUUAUAUCUGUACACAGCUGUUUCUGGAAAAUGAUGUGCUUUGAAUGAAUCAAAUCAGACCAUUACAAAAUCAGGUGUGUGAUAUACAGGGGUUCUUCUUCAGAGCAAUACAAAUUGUAAUGUAUGAGAAUAUCAUUUGAAUUUCAUGUAAAAAUUACUUUUUGUUAGCUUUUUCUGUUCCCAUUACUUUAAAAUUUAGUACUUUCCAAAAGUUUUUCACUCCGCAUUUUCCAAGUCUUUCUAUAAAUCGUUUUUAUUGUUUGAUGCCCAUUCAAUUUUUGUCACAAUUUGCCAUUCUCAUCCCAUAUUAAAGAGGUAGUCCACUAACACAAUUUCAUUAAUAUUAUCAUUGUAUUAAAUGUUAUAUUAACGAUGAAAUUUAAUCUGUAAUUUAGGCAGACUGGUAGUAGAGUUAUUUAAAAAAUGGUAUGAAGCGUGUGUGAAGAGACACAUAUAACAGAUGAAUUUGUGAUUCUACCCUCUCUUCCAUUUGUGUUACUUGCUGGUUGAGGAUUUAAACUUGUGUUAUAUUUAUGUUGCAUCUGGUGUAUUUUAAAAGCCUUCAAUGAACUCUUAAUGUUAUCAUAUCUUAUUAUAAUUAUAGUAAAACACUUCUAUUUGCACCUGUUGUAAAAAAAAAAAUUAUUAUUUAUCAGUAAUUUGCAUAUUCCUGGACCAAUAAGUUUUUUUUUGUUAUCUCUACACAAAAAUUGAACAAAACUAUUGUUCUACCAUUUAAGCAGACUAAAAAUAACCAUAAUUAAAAAUUUGUUCCCAUUUCUAAAUUAUUAAAAUGAAUUGA